UAUUGAACUGAUGAGUACCAAAGACCCAGAGAAAUGUUUCACAGGUGCACAGCUCACAUGGGGAGUGUAUAUGAAUGACAUCCCCGGCAGGUCUGAAUACAGCAUGACAAGAACAACCUGUUCAGCGGAGCCAAAAUGCUGUCCAGUACUUUCCUUACAGGAGCUUUGCGUAUCUUCCUGGUAGGGAUCCUCUGUCUAGGAGGAUUUGUGACACUGUUUUUUAUGCAUUACAAAUCAGCUCUGGACUGUACUCCCCAGCCUCAUUACUCAAAGCGACUUGAGAACAGGUCCUUGUCUAAGCAGCCAGAGCCAGAAAAGCCCAUCAUGCUGUUGUGGUUCUGGCCUGAAAACCGCAGGUUUGAUUUUAGCGAUUGUGCCACUUUCUUCAACAUUGAUGGCUGCCACCUGACAGAUGACAGGUCUCUGUACAACAAGGCAGAUGGUGUGCUCAUCUUUCACAAAUCCAUUAAAUACGAUUUAUCCAACUUGCCUCCAUCACCUCGACCACCAUUCCAGAAGUGGAUUUGGUAUCAUGUGGAAUCACCUACAAAUACAAUUAGGAUACCUGGUCUAGAUAACCUUUUCAAUUUGACCUUGAGUUAUAGGGAAGACGCAGACAUCCCUGUUCGUUGGCGCUUGACCGUAAGGAAAGGCCAGGGUGAGGACUUUGUGCUGCCCAAGAAGGAUAAAUUAGUUUGCUGGAUUGUGAGCAACAAUGACCCUACCACUGGAACAGGGGUAAGGCACAAAUAUUACAGAGAACUUGUAAAACACAUUAAGGUGGAACUCUUUGGCAUAGCCUUUGCUAGAUUCUUGAAAUAUGAGGACUACUACUCAACACUCUCCAGCUGUAAGUUCUACCUCUCCUUUGAGAACUCAGUCCACAAAGACUACAUCACAGAGAAGCUAAACGGACCACUUGCAGCAGGAACAGUGCCAGUAGUAUUGGGCCCACCGAGACAGAACUAUGAAGACUUUGUCCCAGGAGAUUCCUUCAUUCAUGUUAAUGAUUUUCCCGAUGCAAAAGCCCUGGCUGAAUUCCUCCUCAAGUUGGACAAGGAUGAUGAGGCAUAUCUGCGCUACUUUCAGUGGCGUAGAAACUUCUCUGCUCAGCAACAUCUGGUUCAACUGAGUCAAGAGUUCAUCCAAGCUAUUUGCUAUGCCUGUGACCACAUAGGCAAACAUUGGGAGUACAGGGUUGUUCACGAUGUUUACAAAUGGCAUUUUGGUUAAUCAGUCACUUACAUCCUCAUCGGUGUAUGUGCUGUUACCACUAUAUUACCCUCUUCUCUCCGUGUACAGUAUAAUGUCUCAGGGUGGAAUUUAGUCACACCCAGCAUCCCACAUUAGCAACGUUUCCACAGUGCCUUUACGACCUAUUGCACUACUUGUAAGAUAAGUGUACCUGGUUGUUUUACUGUACUAGUGUCAUAGCUAGGUAUUUAAGUAUCCAGAACCAUUCAGGCUCUUAUCUUUAUAACUACCGAACAACAAACCUCUGCACUAUUUAUUGUCUGAAUUAUUACCUGUAUGUAUGUUUUAUAUCUUUACACUCACACAUUUUGAGCUGAAAUAAUUCAAGGGUAGUUCCACCAUUUUUUUUUAUGAUCUCCAGCACAAUACCAGUGUCUACAAACGUGAAAACAGAGCAAUUCUAACUGAUGACAUCAUCAAUUUUCAAACACCAUGAGAGUAGUUAUUGUAGGGUAGCUUCUGUCAAACUAACUUUCACACCUCGUUGAUUGGGGAGGGGGGCGGACUUCUGCCUAGGAUUUGAAUAUCACACCUAUUGUUCUGAGUCGCCGGCGCAUUACGACAUGAUGUAUGUAAGCAUCACACCCAUUGUUCUGAAUGGCAGGGAAAUUACGACAUGAUGUAUGUAAGCAUCACACCCCUUGUUCUGAAUGGCUAGGACUUUAAUAUCACACCCACGUGUGACUUCACGCCAGGAUGUAAAUAUCACACCCAUUGUUCAGAGUGGCUGUGGCAUUACCACAUGUUGUAUGUAAACAUCACACCCCACUUUUUUGAUUACAGUAUAUCGGAUGUGAGGAGGGUCCUUAGUGUCUGUGUGCAGACAUGGUGUAAAAGGUGCUGAUCAAGGUAUUGUAUUGGGGCCUAGUUGCUUCAAAUAAUUGUUUCAUUAAUAACCAGAGCUGUGAAUUUAAAACAUGCAGGGUUCAUUUAAUUCUAACCAGAAAAUUGUUUGGUGAUUAAAACAAUACCAAACAUGAAUGUUAUAUUUUAAAUUCGGGAAUUUUUUACCUCGGUUUGCGUGCAUAUGUGUCUGUGAGGAGGGAGUUAAUGUAUGGGGGUCUAGGCAUGUGAGGUCAGGGUGGCAUCUGGGCAUGAUGCCUAUACCAUUUUCCUUAACCAGAGA